CCUCGCUGCUGCAGCAGCUGCCCACGGCGCUAACCCAGCCCGUGCUGCUGCAUGCAGGGAACGACGUAGGGCAGAGCGUGGAGCACGGCAGGUUGGCCUUGCUUUUCCAAAACGGAGGGGGCUUAUGAAGCACAGAGCCCCCAGAUAACCCAGAACGUAGCUACAAAGUAGAACAGCACUCACAUGCAGGCGUUCGCUCUUUCAUCCUGCCCUUAAAAUAGAGCAGAAUAAGGAUACACCUGAACAGACCUCUUCCCCUGCCAUCCAACUUAUCAAAUGACUUUUAUUAAACAAAGUGAUUGAUUUUGGCUUUUAACUUACAGCUCAUCUCUGGGUGAAAAACUGCAGGGAACUUAUGCAAUCGUCCUAUAAGAAAGAACGGCUUGAUCAGCCUUUGCAAGCCUCUUUCUGGCUAAAGAACUUCAAAAUCACAAAUGAGCAUUUCUUAAAAGAGAUAAAAACGCAACRAAAAUACGUGUGGGGCAAACGGGACAGCACUGAGGAGGGCAGACCACUGGGGGAAGUAGUGGAGCAGGGUUUAGCGCGAGUGAGGAACGCCAGCGACGCCGUCGGGGUGGUGUUGAAGGAGCUGAAGCAGCAGUGUCGCCUGGGCGCCUUCCGGCUGCUGGUGGCAGUGGACGGAGUCAACGCGCUCUGGGGAAGGACCACGCUGAAGAAAGAAGACAAAAGCCCCGUUUCUCCGGAGGAGCUGACACUUGUGCACAAUCUGAGGAAGAUGAUGAUGAAUGACUGGAGCGGAGGGGCCAUUGUGACCACGCUGAGCCAGACGGGCUCUCUCUUCAAGCCGAGCUCUGCGUAUCUGCCCCACGAGCUGCUAGGAAAGGAGGGUUUCGAUGCCCUGGACCCCAUGGUGCCCGUGCGCGUGCCCAACUACAGCCCGCGGGAGUUCGAGAGCUGCUACGAGUACUACCUGGAGCGCAGGUGGCUCCAGCACGAGCAAGGCGGCCUGGGCGCCCUGGGCCCCGGCGCGCGGCGGGAAGCAGCCGCCAAGGUGGUGACGUGGCAUGGGCACGUGGCCGCCUAUGAGCACAGCGGGCGGCAGCGGGUGAGCGCGGGGCCCCCUGGCCGCUACCCCGACCCGCCCCGGCUGCCCGCGCCCCCUCACGGGCCCUUCCCUGCCCUAGGAAGACGCRGCGCGGGAGGUGGCGGGAGGCACCGGAGCAGCCCCCGGAGCGGCCGCCGGAGCACCCGUCUCGUUGCAGAUGCUGCUGCCGGCGGUCCCAGCUGCGCGCCGCYCUGGUCCGAGUACCUGCGGGAGCCGCUGCACCCCCGCAGCGUCCUGCUGCUGCGGCACUUCAACCACGAUGGGGCCGCCGGGCGCCUCCGGGCCUUCGGGCAGGGCGAGAGGCUGCUGCAGGACGCGGCRUGUCUGGAGGAGCUGGACGACCGGCUGCAUUUCUUCGUGGAGGAGUGUGACUAUUUGCAGGGGUUUCAAGUGCUGUGCGACCUGCACGAUGGCUUUUCAGGGGUGGGAGCCAAGGUGACGGAACUGCUCCACGAUGAGUAUUCUCGAAAGGGAAUCCUGACCUGGGGCCUGACUCCAGUCAUUCAGAGGACAGAGGUGUUGGAAAAGGAUUUCUACAGACUGAUGAACACAGCCCUGGCCAUCGUCCAUCUCUCCAGCCAGAGCUCGCUCUUUUGCCCCUUGACACUCAACAGCAGUCUAGGGCUGAAGCCAGAGCCUCCCAUCACAUUUCCCUAUAUCAACUAUGAUGCCUCGCUCGCCUACCACAGCAGCGCCAUCCUGGCAGCUGCCCUCGACACCCUCACGGCUCCCUAUCGCCUCUCUGCCUCCCCCUGCUCCAUGCUGCACCUCGCUGAAGCRCUCAACUUCUCCGGGCGGAAGGUUGUGGCUGCACAGGCCGCUCUGCCCUUUCCUGUUGUGCACGGCCGCUCGCUCCGGGACACUUUGCRCGCCCAGCAGCAGGCCCUGCCCUGGAAGCCCCUGUCUUCAGGCGGAGAGCAACAGGUCAGCCGCUGUUUUGCUCAGUCUGUUGUGCUAAGAGGAAUUUGCAAAGAAAAGCCUAGCAGCUGUCCAGGAAAGGGGCCUGCUUCCGCACUCCAGGCGAGUGAGACAGAGGAGGAGAUUCUACAGCUUUACCUGCAAACAGCAUUUCCUGGGGCAUUCAGCACAUCACACGUGCUCGAGCAGCCCUGUCCUACCUUACCUCCAUAUCCACAGUUUUUCUCCUCUCUCCUAACCAAACAAGGCCUCAUUGUGGAGGAACCUCUCCGCUCUUCCUCCACAGCUGUUGAAAGCAUCCCCGUUGUCACGGCACUGCAGUCUGCGCCUGUUCUGCACACAGUCCUGCAUGGUUUAUACAAGGAGCUGCRCAGGUUGGACACGCGGCGCUGGGCCGGCUUCUUUGCCGCAGGAGUUGAAGAGGAGGAUUUUCGGGAGGCCCUCCACGACCUCAGAACUCUAGCAGAUUGCUAUAAAACACAUUUUGAAGACGAUGAAUCUGAAGAUGAAACAGAUUCAGACUAACUCGUGUUUAUUACGGGAGUGGAAAGAGCAAGAUGAAGCUUGCUUUUGAAAUAAAGGGAAUGGUUUUGAAGA